UCCCAGCCAUCGUUUCAUUUUCAUUCUGCUUUGGUUUUAUAUCUUCUCUUCCCCUUGUUUAGACGCCAAGCUGCCCCUUUUUCCGCCGGAGUUUCAGAUGAGUUAAAAAGCCAACACGAGUUUUGUCCAAAGGAACGAUCUUGACACAUGUACUAAAAGCACAGACUUGUAAGCUCCCUUGAGAGGCGACUCUUCUUCCUGGCUGAUCUUCAUCAAUCUGAAAGCGAAGUUUGUUUUUGUGUGUGUUUCAAAAUGGCUGAUCUUCAAGAGAGGAUGUCACUCUCCUCAUCGUCUUUAUCCUCCUCAUCAUCCUCCUCCUCCUCCUCAUCAUCGUCCUCGUCGUCUCUGUCACUAUCAACAAUGCCAAUAGACGGAGAGUUCUGGAUGCUUGCAGAGGAAAGGGCUCAGGAGAUACUAAACGCCAUCCAACCUAUCUUUGCUUCAGACAGAAGCAGGAACGAGAUCAUCAAUUAUGUCCAGACCCUUAUUAAGGAUCGUCUUGGUAUUGAGGUCUUCUUAUUUGGAUCGGUGCCACUAAAAACAUAUCUCCCGGAUGGAGAUAUUGAUCUGACAGUCCUAACUCCUCAAGAUAAAGAGGAGGACUUGGCUAACACAUUGUGCAGAAUGCUCAGAUCUGAAAACAGAGAAUCUGAUUUCCAUGUAACUGAUGUUCAAUACAUCCAAGCACAGGUUAAGGUCAUAAAGUGCAGUAUCAGGAACAUUGCUGUAGACAUCUCUUUCAAUCAAAUGGCAGGACUCUGCGCUUUAUGUUUUCUAGAGCAGGUUGACCAGAUUUUUGGGAGAGACCAUCUGUUCAAGCGUAGCAUCAUUUUGAUCAAGGCUUGGUGCUACUACGAGAGCCGUAUACUCGGUGCCAACACUGGAUUGAUUUCGACGUAUGCAUUGGCUGUACUAGUCUUGCAUAUCAUCAACAUCUCUUAUUCAUCACUAUCUGGCCCUUUAGCGGUACUGUUUAAGUUCUUGGAUUACUAUGCAUCGUUUGAUUGGGACAGCUACUGUAUCACCGUCAAUGGUCCAGUACCAAUAUCUUCUCUACCGGAUCUGACUGAAACUAAGCAUCAUGAAGUUGUCUUGAACGAGAAGUUCUUCAGAGAAUGCAUUGAGUUAUACUCGGUUCCAACUAAACCUGUUGAAGCAAAUGGCCAUUACUUUCCUGUGAAGCAUUUCAACAUAGUGGAUCCUUUGAAACACAGUAACAACCUUGGCCGUAGUGUGACACAAGGCAAUUUGCAGCGUAUAAGACAUGCUUUCACUCUAGGAGCUCGUAAGCUCAAAGAUGUGCUCUCGGUACCUGGGGAAACCAUGGGCUGGAAACUGGAGAAGUUCUUCAGCAGCUCACUGGAGAGGAACGGUAAGGGACAGAGGCAAGACGUGGAGGAACCUGUCGUGGCGUUUGGCACUGGGAGAUCGGAAGCAUCUGAUCUCAGAGGAGAUUUUGAAGGGAACUCUAAAAGUCUUGUGUAUGGGAAAUGGUUCCAUGGAGAGGGUCAUCAGCAUAAGUGGAUCCCUCAGGGGCAAGACGCGAGUUCUUGGGACAUUGUUCGUUGGUUUGUCACCGGACAGAAGGAUGUUUUCUAUAGGAGGAAUCUGAAUGGUUCAUCAUCAUCAUCAGCCUCGUUGCAGAACAUGCGGAGAUCAAGAGGAACAGGCACUUACAUUCCUGAAAUGAGUCAGCAAUCUUAUACAGACAGGUUCAGUAACAAACCGAGCAAAGUGAAGAACUCACUGCCUUCAGCAUCUCAGUCUCAACUCGUCAAACAGCGUAUUUGAGUUGGUCUCUUAGGUUUGUCUCUCGCAUAUUUACAAACAGAAGACAAUGAGAGUUUUGUUUGCUAUGUUUCUAAAUGUGAAAAAAGUUUCAGAGGUUCAAAGCAUAUGUUUCCUUUUUAGGACUUUCCUUUAGGAUUUGUAAUUCAUUAUCUUUUGACCGUCUGGAGAUUAAUGGUUUAGUUUAGUAAA